AUUCCAUCAUAUUAUUGAUUGUGCAAGAAGAAAUGCUCUAAUUACUAUUAUCAUCUUAGUGGGUGCCCUCUGGAUUGCAUCCCCUUUCCAUAGUUGGACUGGCGACUCCUAAGAUCUGAUGCAUAGCAAAAAAUUGUAAAAACUGUACCAAAGUGUGGUUAAUCACAAGCUGCUUGUUUGCAUGUCAUCUUAACUAGACUCAUGACCCUCGAUUCACAAGCAUGGCUUGAGGAACAUGCUAACAAUAUAAUAAUGCCGAAUUCAGAAGGCUUUUUGUUCACGUAAUAUGGGACAUUUGGUUCUUGUUUGGCCGCUCACUUAUGCUGAGAAGACAUCACUGGACUUUGUACUGUUUUCUGCUGCUGUGCAUGAAAGAAAUUAAGGGUAGCAUGAGUGAGGGCCACUCUUCACAAGGCAAUAGGGCUAGGAAAACAGAGAGCCAUAGAGUGCACUACCAUAAGGAUGUCAUGCCAGGGAGUGAGCUAUGGACUGAUGGACUUAUUUGUGCUUUUGAGUUUGUUAGAGAAGACAAGAAACUUGGACCAAAAUAUUCUACCAAAGGUUUACCACCUAAUGAAAUAGUUAAAGGGCCAGUGUGUGCUUAUAGAUUGGCUGAGGCUCCUGUUCAAAGUACCAACAGGGACGGUUUGCUGGAUUCUACCUCUCUUGUUGAGUCGAGAGAACAGGAGAUUUCUCCUGCAGAUGGCAAGAUGGAUAACCAAAGCUCUCCCGGACAGAAGCUUCAUAAUUUGGAAAGAAUUGGAGGAAGCCAUUGGAUGCCUAUUGGUUGGGCUAGGAUUUCUGAACUUGUCCAAACUGUUCAAGCAGAUUUUGGAUGGUCCACCCAGCAGUUUGAUCUCAUUGAUGAUGAAGAUGAUCUCACUGUUGCGGAUUUAGCCGUUCCCUACUGGGAGCGUCCAGCUGGACCUAUCUGGUGGUGCCAUGUGACUGCUGGUCAUCCUUCUGUAGAUACAUGGCUCAGUAAUGCCCCGUGGUUACAUCCCGCAAUAAGUCUUGCUUUAAGAGAUAAAGGUCGGCUAAUAAGUGAAAAGAUGAAACACCUCUUGUAUGAGGUCCCAGUAAGGGUGGCUGGAGGGCUAUUAUUUGAGCUGUUGGGCCAAUCUGCUGGUGAUCCAUAUGUUAAUGAAGAUGACAUCCCUGUUGUUAUUCGUUCUUGGCAAGCACGGAACUUUUUAAUAACGGUUUUGCACGUGAAAGGAUCAGCAAAAAACCUCAAUGUUUUGGGUAUCACAGAAGUUCAGGAACAACUUCUUGCUGGUGGCUAUAAUGCACCACGGACUGUACAUGAAGUCAUUGCGCAUUUAGCUAGCCGCCUUGCUAGGUGGGAUGACAGAUUGUUUCGGAAAUUGAUAUUUGGUGCAGCAGAUGAAGUGGAAUUGAAGUUCGUUAACAGGAGGAACAAGGAAGAUCUGAGUCUCUUAGUAAUAAUUCUCAACCAGGAAAUCAGAAGAUUAUCAAGACAGGUUAUCAGAGUAAAAUGGUCUCUUCAUGCUAGGGAAGAGAUUGUUUUUGAACUUCAGCAGCAUUUGAGAGGAAAUACAACUAGAAUUCUCCUUGAAGGAAUAAGAAAGAGUACGAGGGAAAUGAUUGAAGAGCAAGAAGCAGUUCGUGGACGCUUAUUUACUAUUCAAGAUGUCAUGCAGAGCAAUCUCCGCGCAUGGUUGCAGGAUAAGAGCCUCAGAGUUUCUCAUAAUUUGGCCGUCUUUGGUGGAUGUGGCCUUGUUCUUACAAUCAUCACUGGUCUUUUUGGAAUCAACUUGGACGGGAUCCCUGGAGGUCAAAACACGCCAUAUGCGUUCGGUCUAUUCUCAGUGCUCCUUGUCAUCAUAGGCGUCGUGCUAAUUGCUGUUGGGUUGCUAUACCUUGGGUUAAAAAAGCCUAUCAGUGAAGAACAGGUCGAAAUUAGGAAACUCGAAUUGCAGGAGCUGGUCAACAUGUUCCAACAUGAGGCUGAGACUCACGCACAGGUUCAUAAGCAUCUCUCUCGGCAUAACUUGCCCCCAACAGCUGGUGAUAAGUUGAUUGAAGAUGCAAAUUAUGUUCUUGUACAAUGACUUCAAAAGCCCUCGAAACCAUUCAUUGGUUAAAAUAACUGUAGUUGUAGGAUAAUCAAGAUAUCAAUGGUCAACGACUGCAAACGUUCAACUUUAUUGGUGCCCAUUCACUUCUCGA